AUGGUUCUCCUUGCCAGGGAACCUAUUUUGAAGUUGAUAGAGGAAGUGUUGGAGCUGAAUAGGAGAGAUGUGGUGAAGGAAAAACUCGUGCCUUUGAAGGGUAAUUCUGAUGAAAAAGGUGCGCAAGAAGUGUGGGAUGAUAAGAAGAAUUGGAUGAGCUCUGUUCAGUUAUGGAGUGUUCCUGUUCAAUUCGAAAACACCCCUGAUGCAGCCAGAAUUCCUGAUUCCAAAUUCCUCCCUCAAGCAGGGUACAAAGGAAAGGAAGCUGGCAAAAGGGACAGGACUAAUCCAUUUGUAGAUGAGAAAUCGAACAAGAAAGGAGCAAUCAAUGUGGUGGUGAAGGAGGAAUUGGUAAUGGAUGGAAAUUUAUCUCAGCAAUUGAAAAGUGGAGCUUUACUAGGGAACUACUGUUGGCGGGUCAUUAGUCUGCUGUGA